AUGAAAGAAGUAAAGACCGAGUUUGCUGUUUUAAAAGAGGAAAACGAAGAGCUCCGUACUAAAAACAUCACUCUUACAAGCAAAGUAGAGAAGCUGAAUGACAAAGUGAGAAACUUGGAACAAUAUUCAAGAAAGAACAAUGUGGAAAUCAGCGGUCUUCCAGUCACCCCCAAGGAAAAUGUCUUCGAGCUCGUUAGAGACGUUGGAUCAGCCCUAGGGAUGGAGAUCGACGAGAAGGACAUCUCAGCCGCCCACAGAGUACCCUCAUUCAGUAAGGACCGCCAUCAGCCACUUAUUGUGCAGUUUGUAAGCAGAUUGACUCGGGACAGCAUGAUUGGCAAGUUCAGAGACAAGAAAAAGAUGAUAGCCCAUGAAGUCAACGCGUCCUUCCCAAAAGACAGCAUGUACGUGAAUGAGCACCUAUCUCCUGACAACAAGGUAUUCCUAAAAAGUUUGAAAAAUAAAUGUAAGGAAAUAGGUUAUGAAUAUGCAUGGUGUAGGGACGGCAAGUUUUUUGUGCGAAAGUGUCAGGAUGCGAAAUGCAAGAAAAUAGACAAUUAUGAUGAACUACUCAAGCUCCAAUAG